GCACCGCCACCACUCCCCGUGGCGGUGGAGUGGGGAGUAGAGCGAGCUSUGUAGYGUYUGUAUCGGCGGCUGGCGCUCGUGGACGAUCUUAAAAUCCCAAGACAUGUAUUUCCUUGGACUGUUGUCUUUGCUUGUUUUGCAAAGCAAGGCCUUCAGCACCAACUUUCCUGAUGAAACCAUUGCAGAGCUUUCUGUGAAUGUUUACAACCAGCUGCGAGCUACAAGAGAAGAUGAGAAUAUUCUCUUCUCUCCUUUGGGUAUUGUAAUAGCCAUGGGGAUGGUAGAGCUUGGAGCCCAUGGAACCACCUUGAAAGAAAUUCGACAUUCAUUGGGUUUUGACAGCUUAAAAAAUGGUGAGGAGUUGGCCUUCUUGAAGGACCUCUCUGAUAUGGCAACUACUGAAGAAAGUCAUUAUGUUCUGAAUAUUGCCAACUCCCUCUAUGUGCAGAAUGGAUUUCAUGUCAGUGACAAGUUUUUGCAACUGGURAAAAAAUACUUCAAAGCUGAAGUAGAGAACAUAGAUUUCAGUCAAAGUGUGGCUGUAGCCACCCACAUCAAUAAGUGGGUGGAGAAUCAUACAAACAAUAUGAUCAAAGAUUUUGUGUCGUCAAGCGAUUUUGGAGCUCUAACCCAUUUGGCUCUAAUCAAUGCAAUCUACUUUAAGGGUAACUGGAAAUCACAGUUCAGACCUGAAAACACAAGAACUUUUUCUUUCACUAAAGAUGAUGAAAGUGAAGUGCAGAUUCCCAUGAUGUACCAGCAAGGAGAGUUUUACUAUGGAGAGUUCAGUGAUGGCUCCAAUGAAGCUGGUGGUAUCUACCAGGUUCUGGAAAUACCCUAUGAAGGAGAYGAGAUGGGUAUGAUGAUCAUUCUUUCCAGACAAGAAGUUCCCCUGGCCACACUGGAGCCACUGGUCAAAGCCUCGUUGAUUGAUGAAUGGGCUAACUCUGUGAAAAAACAAAAAGUGGAAGUAUAUUUGCCAAGGUUCACGGUGGAACAAGAAAUUGAUCUGAAAGAUGUCAUGAAGGGUCUUGGAAUUACGGAAUUAUUCAGCAGCAAUGCUGACCUUACUGCAAUGUCUGAUAACAAGGAGCUUUUYCUCGGAAAGGCUUUUCAUAAAGCAUUCCUAGAAGUUAACGAGGAAGGAUCAGAAGCUGCUGUUGCCUCAGGAAUGAUCGCUAUUAGUAGAAUGGCAGUGCUGUAUCCCCAGGUGAUAGUUGAUCAUCCUUUUUUCUUUUUGGUCAGAAACAGACGAACAGGUACUGUCUUGUUCAUGGGAAGGGUAAUGCACCCUGAAGCAAUGAAUGCAAGUGGCCAUGACUUUGAAGAGCUUUAGCUACCACCAGCUGCCAAAAAAAAAAAAAAGGAAAUAAGCACAUAAAGUUUGAAGUUAAUAUAUUUAAGGUUUGCUGUGUUUUUUCCCCCAAAAUACUGUUUAAAAGUCUUUCAGGUUUAACUGUGGCUUAAAUUGCAAGUUGUUUCUGGAGGAAAGUUUGCAGUAUUAAAAUAAUGUUCUGUUUCUGUAAUUGUGAUUGCUGUGUCCUUAAAAUAAAGUUGUAUACAUGUCAACAGCUGCUGCUUGUUCUAGUGAAUUGUAAAGCAAAAAAAAAAAUUUGCAACUCCAUAAACCCUAAAUUUUUUACAGUCCAAAGGCUGACUUGAUCAAUGAGACAGGAGCAGAAUGUGUGCAGCUCUGAAUAAUGCAAAUGGCAAACCUUAAGGACUUAGAGCUGGAUGAGGAAUUAUAUCUGGAAAAUGUAAUUUUGUCCUGUUCUUGUAGUAAACAGACUGCAAUGUGGUGUUCCAUCAAAGUUAAUGGAAUAAAUUAAGCCUAGUGGAUUUUUAUUCCAUAAAUUAGCUGCAGUAGACUUUUUUGUGUGAAUCUCCCACAUGUCAUCCUAAAAAGUUGUUUUUAUGAAUGCUUCUGCAUGUGCCCCUGCAAUUUACUUUCCAUAAGUGUUGAUGCCAAUAAAAUUUGAUAGCAUGAAUAUUUAGACUAGUCAGUGGAGAAUAGCUAUAUAUAUAUGGCUGAAAUAAAUUAAUUGAAAGGGUCACAUCAUUCACGCGGAUGUAUUUUCUCCCCCAGAAUAGUUGUUGUUCUUGGCAAACUCAAACUUUGUACCAUCUUACAUCAAUGAUCUAGAAUGACCUUUCUUUUAAAAUAAAAAUCUUAAUUUCAAGAGUUGAAAUAUAUUCGGUUCAUAAAUAUCUAAUGGAACAUAAUCCUUUUUGUUCUCAGUUUAUUGAGAAUAAACAGAUAGAGGAGAGGGACACACAGCAUAAGUAAAUAUUAGCAAGGGGUUUAGUUGUCAUUCCCGUUAGUGGGAGGGAAGAGAGGUACCAGUUAUCACCAGAAAGGCAGAUAAUUAUUUCUUUCCUGUUUGUAUAAAAUAUAAAAUGAACAGGAGUUACUCAAAGUUAAAAGAGAAUAGGGAAGUAUUGUCUUUGGGGAAUAAAGGGGAAUGCUUUUAAGAAGGAGCAGAGGUGAACUUUACUAAUACCUAAAACUAGCCUCAGUGUAACAGGAAAGAGCUUCUAUGAAAUGGAGUUAGGUGAUGGCUGGUUCUUCAUAUUUAAAUAAUUCUUUUAAUAUCCUCUGUUUGUAAAAGUGUCUGAGAUGCUAAGGAUUUCUUGUUUUAAACUUUAUGGGAGGCCUGAAAAAUAGGUGGGUGUUCUUAAGCUAAAUUUACAUUUCAGGCAAGUUUGAGGCAAUUACUGAGUUUGAAAGAAAGGACAAAGCAGAUGACAGCUCAGUGAUGUUUGUUCUCAGUGAAGUUCUUCCUGACCAAUUUUUAUUUCCUUGGAUCAAUCUGUUGCAGUGUAGAAGCUUCUUGUUAAGGGGAGGACUUUGAAGAUAGACUUGAACUAAAGCURUGGAGUUAUGGAGUGACGACUGCCAGUCAACGAUAUUGAUAGAGGAUGUCAGGCAAGUGCAUAGACUUCCCUACCAGUUAGACUGAGCAUAGGUACUAAGUGGUAAGAUGCAGAACCUCAUAGUUUAAAGACUCAUUUUGAGAAUUGCUUCAGUGAGCAUUUAAGAAAAACAAUAGAAACAAGAGCAAAAAGUAGUUACCUUGUUAGAUACUCAUGAAAUAUCCAGUUUAUCUACC